AUGCACUUCAUCCUAACUUUGAAAAAUAGUAUACUAGUAGACAAAAUGGACCUCGAUCAAGAUGGAAAAGUAACAGAGGACGAACUAAGAUCUUGGAUUAAGCAUACUUCUAAGCGCUACCUUAUUGAGGAUCGCGACCGUUCUUGGAAGGAUCUUUCUCUCAACGAAGAUGACAAAUUAACUUGGGAUACAUAUUAUAAAUCAGUCAUCAGUAAUCCCGAUGACGAAGGUACAUUAUUCUAUUUAGUAUUCUACCUUUGCCUCUUCUACGUGCCUUUGGUUUUUCCAAAUCCUAGUGCUUACUUUCUCUGUGAUAUUGUGUAUUUGCCCUAUCUUACAUUUAUUCAACCUAGCAAACUAGUGUGCAAACUCUUUAUUUUUUCAAGCUUGCAUUUUUUUAUUCCUUUUAUUUUUUUAAUUUUAGAUGAUGAAGAAUCUCUCAUUGAGAUCAUAGAAAAGGAUAGAAAUAGGUGGAAAGAAGCCGAUCUAAAUGGCGAUGGACUAUUAGAUAAAGAUGAAUACCUAGAUUUCCUUCAUCCAGAGGAUUCCCAUAGGAUGCGCCACGUAGUUAUUGACGAAACAAUGGCUGAUUUGGAUACCAAUAAGGACGGAUUUAUUGACCUCGAUGAAUAUAUACGUGAGUGUCUAGUAAAUUUUAUACGCCUGAUUCAUUUCAUUAUAUUGAUGUCGCCCACACGUUUAGGCACUCCAGUAUUUGCAUUUUUAAGUACUGCUUCUCAUUAUGAGUUUGAUUCAUUUAUUAGAUAUGUAGAAAUGCUGGGUUUUGAAGAAUCCCUUAGUAGAUUGAUGUUUGAGUACCUUUUAUUUCGUUGA